AACACGUUGACACAAUGAACACAAUGAACAGGCGAGUGCAGGGAGGGAUGCCCUCAGCUCAUGGAUCUGGUCCCGGAGGAGGCCGAAGUGGAGGGCCACCUCCCUGCGAGUGCACGCACCUGCAGGCUGUUUCCAUCAGAGCCAGAUGAGCUGCAGGUGGAAAUCCUCCCGAGUGCUGCAGACUUGGGCCAGGCCUUUAAAUUCAGAGCAACUGGAGAGGAGAAAGGAGACUGGAUGUAGGCUCAGGCCGUGCAAGAUGGCGCUCCAACUGCCUGAUCUGCCGACGUUAAAAAUCUUCUCUUUCCUGGACGCGUUCAGCUUGCUCCAGGCUUCCCAAGUGAACAGGGAAUGGAAUAGAGUUGCUGAGAACGAUCACCUGUGGAGAAACCUGUGUCUGAAGAAAUGGAGCUUCUGCAACUUCUCCAAGUGCCUGGGCUCACAGACGUGGAAACAAUUCUUCCUCAAACAAACAAAGCAGGAGUAUCAGAUGGCCUUGGCGCAACCAGAGGACUUUAUCUUCAAAGAAGCAACUGGGAACCUCGGAAUCAUAGGACCUAUGGCUUAUCUGUCAGGAAAUGGCCCCACAAUGGGUGGACAGAAGAAGUCCAUCAUUUGUACCGUGUCGUCCAAGCACAUGCUUUAUGCCUGGGAUGUGCAGGAGGGCACUAUGAUCUGGUCAAGCCCCAUCCAGCAGUCUAGUAUCACGCAUCUGGCGACCCUCCCUCAGCUGCAUCUCGCGUUCACUGUGGAUUUGGAGGGAACCGUCAAAGUGUGGAAUUGUCAGGAUCAGGAUGCCCUGGCCACUUUCCCCGUGUCUCAGGCCUGCUUUUCCUUGGAAGUCUGUCUCACAAAGGAUGGCCCAUUCCUGAUGGUCGGCAAUUCUGAAGGUGACAUCUACACACUGACAGUGCCUGAGCUCAGGGGUGUUUCUAAAGUCCACGCAUUUAAAUACACUGUUGACCUUCUGCACUGCUCUCCUGACAAGAAAUGGGUCUUUGCAUCUGGGACACAUCAGAACAUCUUGCCCAGGGUCUUUUUCACAGAGUGCUUACUGAAACCAUCGGAAGGCAAAAGCCCUCUGUCACUCUCUAUCCCGUUUUCGUCAUGCUGCAGAGCCUGCUGGGCCCCAAGGAGGACAAGCAGGAUAACACUGAUGUACCGAAGAGGCUCUUCCAAAAAGACGGGAUUUACCACCUUUGACCUAAUGACCGAGAGGACUGGGGGCAGAACAGUCAUCCAAGCCCAUCAGGUCGCGACUUUCCUGUUGCCAGUUCAUAUGGAGAGUCCGAUUUGGAUGGGAGCCAGUGAUGGAAAUAUGAUCGUCUUUGAGAGUGGGCCAUACUUGUUCCUCUUCACCAUCAGUGGGCACCAGCUGCAACGAUUUGAGAACCACCAGAGGACCAUCGGCAAUUUGUGGGCGGAUUCUCUGCAUGUCCUCACCACAUCUAUGGAUGACUCCCUGCAUGUGUACAUGUGGGAAGAGGAAGGCCGUUAUCCAUACCUCAAGAGCUGCUGUCACCUGGAACACAUAGGGAGUGACCUGACGCCCAGCUGCUACGUCUCCAAAGCAAUAUGUGAUAACGUGAGCAUAGUAUGUGUGGUGUCAAAAAAUCGUGAGUCCAGCAUUCUGGUGAUGUAUUCUUUGCAUACAUAAUAUGGAAACUAAUGGAAUAAUUAACCUUGCAUCAUCUCCCUCAAUGUAGUAAAGAGAAUUCUGUUUGCAAACUCAGAAUGAUUAUUUGAGUGCUAUUGGGAAAGAAGCAAUGAUUUAACUGUCUUUGGUAAAUCAGGCACUGUAACAGAAUGUAGAGCAACAUAUCCUUUGUCCUUGCCAUCAGGGACAGUAUCGAAUACUAAGGUAGUAAAAUGGUCACACAAAUCAAUUCAAGGGGAGCAUAUGAGAGGGGAAAGUAUGACUUUGGAUUGAGGCUAGCUUAAAAGUGAAGGCACAACCCUCUUGAUCUCAGGGCUGUGAGUUCAAGCCCCAAUGUUGGGCAUGCAGCCUACUUAAAAUUAAAAAAAAAAAAAAAAAAAAAAAAUUAAGGGGCGCCUACCUGGCUCAGUCAGCAGAGUGUGCAACUCAUUAUCUUGGGGUUGUAAGUUCAAGCCCCAUGUUGGGUGUAGAGAUUACUUUAAAAAAUCUUUAAAAAUAAGAUAAGUGAAAAAGUGAAGGCCACCUGUAUUCACUGUUCCUUGCCUAUAAGCAAGCAAAAAAAAUUCUGUAAGAUGCAAGCAAAAAAUAAAUAUUAGAAAAACAGACAUUAAUACUUAAAGGUAGCUAGAAGAGACUCAGAAUAUAAAUGGUAAUAAAAAAAAUGCUUAAAAGGACUAGGAAGUAGAAAAUAUAGCUAAAGCUACAUCACAUGAAAGUUUCAAUUUCCGUAUCACCACAGCCAUUGUAAUGGAGGCAAAAAAAAAAA